GCAACGGCGGCUAGGGUCGCCUCUCCUCUCUCCGCUGACCCUCUUCUCCACCUCUCCUCCCCUCGUCCUCACCUUCCUCGUCCAGAUCCGGUGGCCGGCAGCUCAGGAAGGCAGUGUCCGACUACGCCUACGAGGACGGCGACCCUCACCUCCUGCGUCGAGUUUUCCGACUAGGCCUCACCACCGCUGCGCAUCUCCUCUUUCUAGUUCUGGGGCAGCGCAGGAGGGAAGGGCAGAGGAGCAGUCUAAAGCGGGAUGGCAGCCAGUGCGACGACGGGGGUGUUGAACCCGCUCCUCGGCAAGCUCAGCCAGCUGCUCGGCGAGGAGUACAAGAAGCUCACGGGUGUGAGGAAGCAGGCCUCAUUCCUCAAGGACGAGCUCAGCGCCAUGAAAGCUCUGCUUGACACCAUGGAGCUCAUGGAUAACCUCCAUCCAUCCGCUAAGAAUUGGAGGGACCAUAUCAGGGAGAUGUCCUAUGAUAUGGAGAACUGCAUCGACGAUUUCAUUCAUGACAUCGAAGGUGCUGAUGCAAAGAAAGGCUUCGUCAGGAAAAUGGCUCAGCGGCUCAGGAGACUGGGGAGGCGUCAUCAGAUCGCCAACCGCAUCGAGGAGCUCAAGGUUCUCGCGGCGGAGGCAAAUGCUCGACGCGAGAGGUACAACAUUGAUGAGUGCAUCAAUUCGAGUCCUGGUCCUGUGGCCGUGGAUCCCCGGAUCCCAGCGCUCUACAAGGAGGCGGCAAGCCUUGUUGGUAUUGACGGCCCGAGAGAAGAGCUGGUCAAUUUGUUGAUGGAUUAUGAGAAAAAACUCAAAGUGGUUUCCAUUGUGGGGUUCGGAGGUUUGGGUAAAACCACGCUUGCCAAACAAGUGUAUAAUGAGAUUGGAGGGAAAUUUGCAUGCAAGGCAUUUUUCUCGGUCUCCCAAAGGCCAGAUGUCAAAAGCCUUCUUAGCGGCCUACAAUUAAAGCUUGAGGUUCCCCGGAAAGAAGAAAAUUUAAAGCUUGAGAUGGGGGAUUCUUCUCAUGCUUACAAGCUGGAAGAUAUUAUUGACCACCUUAGAGAACACCUCAAACAUAAGAGGUACUUAAUUAUCGUUGAUGACUUGUGGGAUCAAGCAUCAUGGAAUACUAUUAGGUGUGCCUUUCCAGACAAUGCUAAUGAAAGUAGAGUAAUGGUAACCACACGAUUGGAUGACGUAGCUACCACAGCAUGUUUGAGUGACCAUGCCUGCAUUUACAGUAUGAAGCCACUCAAAGAGCAGGACUCAAGAAGAUUAUUUUUUAGUAGAGUAUUUGGGCUGGAAAAUGUCUGCCCACCACAGUUUAAAGAAAUUUCAGCUCAAAUUCUCAAGAAGUGUGGCGGAUUGCCACUUGCAAUUAUCUCCGUAGCUAGCCUACUAGCUAGCCAUGAAGCAAGUCCGUUGAGUGAAUGGGAGAGCAUAAAGAAUUCUCUUGGUGCCAAGUCUGCCACAAAACCCACCUUGGAAGAGAUGAGGGGUAUACUGAACCUUAGCUACAUGCAUCUUCCUGUUCAUCUCCGGCCAUGUUUUUUGUAUCUCGGCAUGUAUCCAGAAGACCGUGAGACCGAGAGGAAUGACCUAGUUCGGCAAUGGAUAGCCGAAGGCUUUGUUUGUAGUUCGCAUGGAGCGGAUUUGGUUGAUGUUGCGAAAAGUUAUUUCAACGAGCUUAUCAAUAGAAGUAUGAUUCAGCCUGUAAGAACAUCUCAUGGGGAGGUACUUUCUUGCAGAGUGCACGAUAUGAUGCUGGAUUUGAUCCUAAGCAAGAGUACAGAAGACAAUUUUAUCAGUAUAGCAUAUAACUAUGAAGACAUGGCAAGAUUGCAUAGUUGCAAGUACAAGGUUCGUCGAUUAUCCCUCCAAUCGAGUGCUGGUGGUGCAACAUCGGAGACCAUUGCUACUAGCAUGUCACAAGUUCGAUCAUAUGCACGGUUUCAAGAGUCCCAAUACACUCCUCCGCUUUCACAGUUUAAGUAUCUACGGGUGCUUACCUUUGAGUUUCCACCUAAUUGGGAAACGACAGUCGACCUGACUGCAAUUGUCCGUUUGUUUUUACUGAGAUAUUUGAAAGUUUCAGCCUUAUCAGCAGUCGUAGCGCUCCCGGCAGAAAUUCAAGGGCUCGUACAUUUGCAAACUCUGGACUUACGUUGCAAGGAGACCCAAAGCUUUCCUUCAGAUAUAAGUUGUUUGGCCAACUUGUUUCAUCUGAGACUUCCAUUGUGUAUAGUGCUACCUCAAGGGAUCAAGAAGAUGAAAUCAAUACGCACCCUACGUUGUUGGGACAUGUCGAGGAGUUCGCUGGAGGAUAUCAAAGGCCUUGGUGAGCUGAUCAAUCUGAAGGAAUUGUACUUAAGCACACGUUUAAACAAGUGCUUGACGUUGGAACAAGAGGAUGCUUUGGUCUCCUCCAUCGGAAUGCUCCAAGACCUCAAGUGCCUCGUCCUCGAUUGGGAGCAUGGAUGCAGUGACCCUGACAGCCAGCUGGACUCCUUACAUGAUCCUCCUCGCCGUCUCGAGGAACUCUAUCUGCUAGACUGGGAGUUCAGAAGAGUUCCCAAAUGGAUCGGUGAGCUAUGUUGCCUCCGAAUCCUCAAUCUGCAUGUGUUGCACCUGUCGAGUGAUGAGGUUGGUGUUCUUGGUCAGCUCCCCUCCCUCGUCGGUGUCAGGCUCAAAGUGCCGGAUGUCUCCCAAGACAAAGUUGUGGUUGGCAUGGGGUUGUUUCCUGUUCUGGAGCACUUUUUGUUUGAGUCUGACAAAGAUGUGAAUGUGUAUCUGAGCUUCGAGGCAGGAGCUAUGACCAAGCUACAAAAGCUCACCCUGCAAUUCAGCUGGAGAGAGUGGAGAGGUGGUACACCAGCCGGCAUGGAGUGCCUGCCAUGCCUCCAGCACAUCGUGGUGUGGCUCAACUCCACUAGCAUCAAGUCAGACAAAAAUCUGGAAGAUGUACGUGCUGAUCUCGAGUCUGCUUUCAAGAGCGCCACAAGUCUGCACCCAGGGCAUCCCUCUGUUUCAGUUUAUUAGCCAUCCAUUCGAUCCAUACACAUUUUAUGGUCUGUAACUUAAUUAAUUCCCUCGCCACUUUGCUGUCUUGAUUAAUGUUUUUUGUUAGCAUUUCCCUUGAGUAUUUGAUUUCUUUUCUCGGGAUACUGUAAACCUGAUGCACUUAAGUUUUAUUUUUCAA